GGUCUCCGAUCGAUCGGACAUCAGUCGCUGCUCAUCGGCAAGUCAAGGCGUUUUUUUUUUGGAAUUGGUAUCAUCGCAUCAAGUGGAUUUGUAGUCAGCAUGAAGGUCUUCGUUUGCAUGUGUGCUCUGUUCGCUGUGGCCAACGCCGGCUUCCUGGGUCUCCUUGGAGGAGGAGGAGGAGGCGGUGGUGGUGGUGGUGGUGGCGGUGGAGCUAGCCUGAAGGCUGGUAUUAGCCUGGGCGGCAAUGGAGGAGGAGGUGGCCAUGGAGGCGGCGGCGGUGGCUAUCACGGCGGUCAUGGCUCCAGUGGCCCAGUGCAGGUGGUCAAGGUGAUCCACCAGCAGGGCUCCUCCUCCUCCGGUGGUUAUGGCGGUGGCUACUCCUCCGGUGGCUAUGGCGGUGGCUAUGCCUACGAAGCUGCUCCCCAGGUCUUCAAGGUGAAGGUCAUCUCUGGCGGCAGCAGUGGACAUGGACACGGACAUGGACAUGGUCCCGCCCCCGUCUACCUGCCCCCCUCUGGCCCCGCCCCCUCAUCCGUGAAGGUCAUCAAGAUCCUGCAGGAGGAAUCGGCUCCCAUUGUGAGUGCCCCUGGACCCGCGUUCAUUGGUGGCUCUUCAUCUGGUGGCGCCGUCACCCAGGUCAUCAAGGUGGUGCACGAGAGCCAGGGUGGUUACUCUUCCGGCGGCUAUGGUGGUGGCUACUCCUCGGGCGGCUAUGGCGGUGGCUACUCCUCGGGCGGAGCCACCAAGGUGGUGCGCGUGAUCCAUGAGCAUUCGGCUUCGUCUGCCGGAAAUGCCUAUGCCCCCAUUGAUCUGCCCGGUCCAGUGGCUGCUCCAGUGGCUUCUUACCAGGAGAUCGCUGCCCCAGCGCCGGUUUAUGCCGCUCCUGCUCCUGCCCCAGUUUAUGCUGCCCCCGCACCCGCACCCGCUCCCGUGUACUCCGCUCCUGCUCCAGCUCCAGCUCCGGUUUAUGCCGCCCCGGCUCCAGUUUAUUCCGCUCCUGCUCCGGCUCCAGCUCCAGUUUAUGCUGCUCCCGCUCCCGUGUACUCCGCUCCUGCACCAGCCCCAGUUUAUGCCGCCCCAGCACCCGCUCCCGUGUACUCCGCUCCUGCUCCUGCUCCCGCUCCCAUAUAUGCCGCCCCAGCACCGGCGCCCGUCCUGAGCCUGCCCCAUGCCGCUCCUGCUCCGGUUUUCGCACCCGAGGAGCAGUCCCUGCCCAUCGGCCACGCCCCCGCCCAGACCUACGGCCCACCGGGAUACUAGGACAGCAGUCAUCCAUCUGUUUUAGAGGACCUUCCUGCGCCAACUACAUCGACAGCACACUACCAUUCCUAAACAACGCCAUGAAACUUAAUUUAAGACAUUUUUUUUACCACACAUUUUUUUGUUAGAAAUUAUAAAAGAGAAAAAAAAAACUAAA